AUGAAUCCUUGGAGCUGGCAGGACUCGCUUCGCCAAGCGGCGACCAUUCGCACACUGCCGCACGCGUGGAAGGAACACGUUCUUCCGCAGCAGCAGCAGCUCGACGCGCAACCACCGCGGCCAUCAGAAGCCUCUUUUGAAAAGCUCCUGAAUGCUUGCAACAGCAGCCCUGCGUUCUCGUCUCGUCUUGCUCCCCUCGACGGUGUCGCAUGCGCGUCGCUACCCGCGCUCGAGCCACUGCCACAGGGCGCGGAACUGGUGUCGGUAAGGGCAAGUUCCGACCAAUUCUUCCCAGCUUCCUCGUUCCGCCUGUCAGCGGCGCACUGCCACCCUCCCGCGCCCUCCCCGGCGAGCGACGCAGAGCCUGCGGCUGAAUUCAUGCGAACGGACGAGGCGCAGGAGGGGCAGAGGUGCGAGUGGGAGGGGGAAUGGUGCGAGGCGGACGAGGUGAUGUCGCCGCGGAGCAGCACGGGCAGCUGCUGUGACCCCGAGGACCUCGACUCGCUGCUGGAAGCACCGCACGCCUUCAGCUCGGGUCAUGAACAUGACAUGGUGGCGCAGCUGCAUCAAAUCGCGGCGGUGCUGGCGGAAUCAGAGGCUCGAGAGGGGGCGGUGCAGGGCGGGGGGGCUGCGGGUGUAGAGGUGGAUGAGCAGCUGGGCAAUGCAAUCCGGCAGGUGUUGCUGAUCCGUCUGCCUGCUAGGCCAUUCCAGCCUACACUUGCGCAGUAG